AGCAGCAACGGAGGCCCAGAAGUCGAGUCAGAUUUGAUUAUAUCGCCACAUCCAUAUGUCCAUUUUUCGCCUACAAUCUGUGAGAAAAGUGCACUAUUUGACAUUCUCGCCAGCCGGUAUCAGUGCAAAGUGUCCCCAUUCAAGGGUAGCCUAUUGAAGGGAAUCGCAAAGUGCCAUUAACUAACGUUAUUUUCGAGAAAUAUUGCACGCCCACGCGAAAAGUGCAAAGGAAAGUGGGGGUAGGGGAAAGACGAAAAGUUCGGGGAGCAACCACCAGCAGCUGCGAGUGUGGGAGUCGAAAAUCAAUAAACCCCGUCGACGUCGUCGUUUUGGCCAAAGCCCCAUCAACCGGCCAUAUGGCAAUCGUGGUCGUGCAGUGCUAGGUCCAUUUCCAUUCGCAAUUUCCGAACAAAGACAGGGACGGAGAAAUUUCGCAAGUGCAAUUUGUGUAUUUGUGCCAAGUGCAAGAUGGCGGCCCGCCUGGAAAUCAAAGUUAGCUUCGCCCUCGCUGCAACGGUGCUCUGCAGCAUUUUGGGUCAUUGCGAAAUGUCCGUAUACCCAGGACUCCGACGACGACCCAUCCAGGAGCCCGUGAUGGCGGAUAGGCAGUCCGAGCAGGAAUACGCCUUCCUGACCCAGAUGAUGGAGCAGUUCGCCCGUCGCCGGCUACAGCAGCAGUUCGACCAGCAGCUGCAGGAGAUCAACCUGAAGAUGGACCGCCAGCGGGAGCUGCUGGAGCGAGAGCGGUACCGCCAGCAUCAGCAAGAGCUUCAGGUGCAGCGGGAGGCGGAGGACUACGAUGCCAACGGGAACAACCUCAACCAGCAGUACGACCAGUACGACAACGCGGAGGCCGAGGCCAGCUACGGCAGUACGCUGGAGGCGGUGCCGAAUGUCCAGAGCCCUUUGUACCUGCCCCGCCUGCAUAAUUUGCCGCAACUUGCCCCUUUGGGCAAUGCCCCAAGCCGCAAUAGCAUGCUGCGCGAGCGGAUUCCCUUUGCCGUGGGCCCCAACGAUGCCCGCUUUUUCGACAACCCGAACGACCCUUCAGGGGAGCUGGAUUCCCGGGCUCUGGAGGACUACGAGGAGUAUGCUCCAAUUGAGCCCACGCCCGAGGUGGCCAGCUCCGGAAGUAAGACCAAGAUUGCCACUCCAGUACCGGCUCCCGUGCCCGUUGAGCCGCCCAAGCUCCUGGACGCCGCCAACGCCAAUUUCCACCGAAUCAAUCCGCAGUCCGUGGCGGCUGCAGCCGUUGCGGGUGUAAAUCUUCCCCAAGGCAAAGAACAGUCGCCCCACGAACUCAAUGCCCUGAUCAACAAGCUGCAGAAGCAGAGCAAGGCCCCGGUUCAUCUGACCCUGCUGGAUGGUGACGAUGCCAGCCCGGAACAGAUUGUGCUGCGACAACACUUGGGCAUGAACAGCGAGAUGGGGGUGUACAUUGUGGCCUUGAUAGCAGGAGUUAGUGCAGCGGUGACCGUGGGGUUGCUGGCGCUCGGAGUGACUUGGUUCCACAAUCGCCACAAGGCGGCUGCCGACGUGGAGUACCCAGCCUACGGAGUAACCGGGCCCAAUAAGGAUGUCUCACCAUCCGGCGACAGAAAGCUGGCACAGAGCGCUCAGAUGUACCACUACCAGCACCAAAAGCAGCAGAUCAUCGCCAUGGAAAACCAGGCCACUGAUGGAAGCUGCGGCAUGUCGGACGUGGAGAGCGACGACGACAACGAGGAGGGCGACUACACGGUAUACGAGUGCCCCGGCCUGGCGCCGACAGGCGAGAUGGAGGUGAAGAACCCGCUCUUCCUGGACGAGACGCCGGCCACGCCGGCCAACAACCUGUCAUCCCAGACCGCUGCAACGGCUAGUGCCGGAGCCCCCACCAACAACAACAUCACGCAGGCCACUCCCCAACAGCCGGCCACCCAGAAGAAGGGAACGGUCAAGCCGAACAUCAACCUCCUCAACGCCGUCGCCACCGCUGCAGCAGCUGCAGCCGCAUCAGCCUCCGCAACAGCUGGGGGCGAGGAGCCCAAGCAGAAGCGCAAGAGCAAGAAGUAAGGGGAUUGGACCACGAUUUCCCUCUUGGGGCAAUUGGUAAAGUUUGACUGAUCCAUUGUCAGCCAAUAGACGCAGCCUCUCAUCCAGAUUCAGAAACAGAUCAGACUAGGCGUAGAAGCAUAUUUAUAUGUAUUCCUAACAGAUAGUCCAGGGAAUCUAAUUCCAGGAGCGAGCACCGAGCAACCCACACACGACACUCACUCCACUGUCUCUAUUCUUCCCCAUAUGCAUAAGUCCUGUAAUGUAACGUAAUCGCAUCGUUAUGCGAUAAGAAUAACUCCCAGCACGCCUGAGCCACUGAACCGUGAAUAUUCCGCGAUCCCACGAGCCCCCUCACCCACUUUUCACCCGCUGUCAGUUGCACAACGCUGCUGAUUCUAUUACCAUCCGGGAUAUGUAAUCCCAUUUUGUGUGGCAGCGGGACGAAUGUGCAACAGGCAUAUUACGUCGAGUUAUUGUAUAUUAACGUGUUUUGGUCUGUGCGAUUUGUUGGAACACUUCAAGGUCUGGAGGAAAGAGAAAGGAGAGGGGAGAAAGUAGGAGGGAGAGGACAGCCAACCAAAGCUAACCAACAUAUUAUAUUAUUAUAAAUAUAUGUAUACACACACACAUACAUAUUGAUAUAUAGAUAUAUAUUCAUGUAAUUAUUGUAUCAUAUACACGGAGGCGGACACCUUUUUACUUACCUGUCUGUGUGGUGUACUAUCUUUUCUCAUUUUUACUACGCUUUGUGAUCGAUCCUAAAUUAUCUGUGUCAAUUUAGAAAUACAAUUCUGGUAACCAACCUGUAUGCAUAUGCAUACAAACGUACAUAUUUAGAAGAGCAGGAGACGCGACCGGAGGAGGAGAGGAUUAUUUACAAGUAAAACUUAACAAUAAUUUCCCUGCACAUUCAUGUAAAGUAAAUGAAAAACGACUGAUAACACUCAAAGAUAACACGCGUCUAUUGUACAAAAAGAAACGAAGAAAUAUAUUUACUGAUUACUGAUUAGUGAGAUAUUAGCAAAGGAACCUAUCAGCGGAAACGAUUCCCAGCCCCCAAGACAACUAUAGGAAACUGUAGCGAACAUUUUACUAUAUUAUAUUCUCAAUUGCUGUAAAUAAACAUGAAACAUUGGGCGGAGGAUGAAAGUUAGGAACCAUUGCGGCCGAAACAAUACACUGAAUACAACAGAAUUGAAGAACUUGCGAGUUCAAAAACUAGCUAAACUAAACAUCACACGAAUUAUAUUACUAUUGACUAGUCGAAAAUGCAAAGCAUCUUGGAGCAUUGAAAAUUGAAUUUGAAUUCGAAAUCGAAGCUGACUUAGCCACAAUAAAAUGCGCGUAGCAUAUGAAUGUACGUGGAGCAUAAUGUUGAGUUUGAAAUAUAUAUUUUAUGGUGUUUGUCCACAGACACGCGAAAAUAAUCCGAACUCAAUACGAGAACUGGAAAUGCGAAAUUUCGAUCGGAGCAGAAUGACCCCACGUGUAUUGUGAAUAAAGAACAUAAUUAAAUGUAUUUAUGUAUAAUAACCGUAACAACACAAAUUAUACAAUAUGCAUACAGAAUAAACUAAACUAACCGA